AUGACUGACCGCAAAGCGCCAGAAGCCGCGGCGGCGAGGCACACUCACUCCAUUCCCGCGCCGUCUUUCCCAACCCACAACUCGCCUCGAACAUGGUUUCUCACUACCGCCCUUUCACCGCUCAUCAUCCGGCUCAUCAGGCUGCUGCUGGGCCACGGCGAUUACGUCGUCGCAUGCCUCCCGCCGAGUGAAAUUGAGGAUGAUGAGCGCAGCGCCGAGUUUAGAGAGCUCAUCAAUGAGUGUAAAAGUAACCGAAAAGACCGUGAGGGUUGGAAGGACAGGAUACGCGGCAUCCGCUGCGAUGGGCGUGUCAUGGGCCAGUGUGGCGCCGCUGUAGCAGAAGCCGUACAGGUGUUUGGGAGGAUAGAUAUCCUGCUGUGUUGCAGGUCUGAAGCUGUCGUCGGAAGCGUCGAGGAGCUCUCCACGAACCCCCAGACCCAGAACCUGGUUCGGGACCAAUUCGAGACCGUCUUCUUCUCCCAGGUCAACUUCAUCAAGGCCGCUCUACCGCUCCUGCGUUCUCAGCACACGGGACACAUCAUCAUUCUCUCCAGCACGGGCGGUCACAUAGGAACGCCGGGCAUGCCCAUCUACACUUCCGCAAUCUGGGCCCUCGAGGGCUUCUGCGACUCCCUUGCCUACGAAAUCGCCCCCUUCAACAUCAAGGUCACCAUCGUGCAGCCAAACAAGGAAAUCCAGUCCUUGACGAACAAGAUCAUAUUUGCCCCCAAUUUGCCCUAUUACGACUCCGAGAUCAACCCCGCUCCGAGCAUUCGAGACAUGCUUGGCAACGUGCUCAACAUGAACCCUGACACCGCCAUGGAGCAGUCUGAUACGGAGGUCAUUGUGAGAUAUCCGAAACUGCCGCCGAGCGCCACGGAUCGUCUCGUGAUGGAAACUGUACACGCUUUGACGGCCAUCGGAGGCCAUGAGAACCCGCCGGCGAGGCACAUUGUAGGAUUCGAAGGCAGCAUCGCCGUCAAAGAAAAAUUGAAGACGGUGACCGAGGAGCUGGAGGAUUUUGUGGACGCUAGCCUCGCGGUGGAUAUUUUCGAUAGCGAGCUCAAGGCGGAGGCAAAGGAGGGGAAGACACAGGAGUCGACACCGCCCGCCCCGGCAUCGACGGCUUCAGGAUAG